CGGCCGCGACUUCAUCCCCGGCUGCAACGUCACUUCCGGCUGUGAGGCCCCUUCCAGCAGUGACGUCACGUCUGUCCGCGACGUCACUUCCGACCGGGACUCGGAUCGCAGGUCCCAUCGCAAUCCCCGGUCCUGGCGCGAUCCCCGGCCCCGGCAGGGUCCCCAGCCCUGGUGCGAUCCCUGACCCCAGCGCAAUCCCCGGCGUGGUCCCCGGCUCCGGCGCGGUCCCCGGCACCGGUGCAAUCCCCUUCCCCCGACAAGGACGGUGGAGCCCAGGGCCCGACACCGACGGUGCCCACCCUGAGGAGGCCCCCGGGGGGCCAGUGGUGAGUUGUAGGUACAAGGUGAGGACUCUCACGAGCGCCUGGAUGGGUGCUGGGACCGGUGCUGAGAUCAGCGUGAAGAUUAGAGGAGCGUGCGACACCCUAAGUGCCACUCUCUCCUCAUCUACCACAGGACUCACCCCCUUCCUAUACGGACAGACAGACGAGUUCCACGUGACUGGUGACCACGUGGGGCCUCUCUUUGACGUCACAGUUUGGCACGACGGCUCUGGGUAUUACUCAGCAUGGCACCUCGAACGGGUGGAGGUUGACGAAUCUCCUGGAGUCACCGUUGAGUUCCCGUGCAAUUGCUGGGUCUAUGGCAACACCCCCAUCACGUUGAAGCCCCAGGUACCGCAGGGGACAAUUGGCUGCCUGCGAACGACAACUCUGGGGACAAGCCCCCCACAAUCCCCGGAGUCAGCCACCCACAACCCACGCAAUCAGCCGCCCACAAUCCGCGAAGCUAGCCCCCCACAAUCCACGAAGUUAGCCCCCCACAAUCCAAGGGGUCAGCCCUCCAAAAUCCACAGGGCCAACCCCCACUGCACUGUGCCAGUGAUGGCAUUAGCCCUGGCGAGCAGCGUGUGCAUCUGCCUGGCCUCGCUCACCGCACUGCUCACCGCACUGCUCACCGUACGACCGCGGCGAGCGCCCCGAAUCACUCCUCACCUGCUCACCACUUACUCACCACCUACUCAUUAAUUGAUAUACUCGCUCACUCAACUACCCACUCACUCACGUACCCACUCACUCACCUACCCACUCGUUCACUCAUUAAUAUUCGCAUCCACCCACUGACCUACUCACCCGCUCACUCAUCCAAUCAUUAAUUUACUCACUGACACACCCACUCACUCACGCACUAACCCACCCACUCACCCACCCAGCUAUCCAC